AGAAUUUUAGAAGAAAUGGGUACUCAAUCAAUCAUAUCUCUUUCUCAGUUCUCAUCCCCAAUGGCUUCUUUUGGUAAACUUGUGUUUUGCUACUUCCUUGUAGCUCUCUUCUCCUCUAGCUUAAUCCAUGCAAGAGAGAGCAAGUUCUUUAGCAAGUUUACCCAUUAUAGCAUCACAAAAAACGUUAAAAAGAGUAAUCUUUCACCCAUUGAAGCUCCUGCACCAACCCCAUCUAUAGCAUUAGCUCCAACACAAGCACAAGCACCAGCACCAACACCAGAAUCAAUCUACAUGCAGAGUAGUGAAAAUGGUGACCAUGGUCUCUAUGGUCAAGGGUCUGGCCUUUUUCCUCCCGCAAAGGAGACUGCAACUGAGAAUGAGCUCGUCAAUGAAGAGUUUGAUGGCAAAACUUAUGAGAAAGAGUAUCAAAGUAGCAACUAUAAUAAUAAUGGAUUCACAGGAAAUUACAACUACAAUAAUGGCGUGAAGUUUGCUAGUGAAUCCCAUGAGACAGGAGAUCAAAACAAUUAUAAUGGCUACACUGAAAGCUUCAAUAACAAUGGAUACGAGGCUGCUGGUUUUAGCUAUAACAACAAGAAUGGCUACAACAGCAACUAUAAGAACAAUGGCUACGUAACUGAGCAGCGACAAGGAAUGAGCGAUACAAGAUUUGUGGAAGGUGGCAAGUAUUAUUAUGAUGUGAAGAAUGAGAAUUAUUAUUAUCCUGCUAAUGGGUAUGAAUCAGGGAAGGUAAGCAAUCAAAAUCAAGUUUAUUAUGGAAAUUCUGAGAACCAAAAUGAGUUUAACACGAUGGAGUUUGAGGACCAGGAGUUAUACAAUGAGGAGAGCCCAGAGGAUGAGUCUCUGCCUUGAAAAAUAUAUAUAUAUGUAUUUUUCUUGACACAAUGUUUAUCACAGGAAAAGAUUAAUACGACAGAGAAGCCUUUGAUAUAUUUAAAAGCAAAGGCUAAAUUAAUCGUGGGAAUUUUUCAUUUCAUGUAUGAUUUUGUAGUUUAUUUGGUUUUUGUUUGAUUUUGCAUAACUUUUAUGGUUUGAAUCUCAACAGGGGAUAGAGAUUUACAUAGUUGCACUUGAGGGAAAUUUUGUAUUUAAAUGUUUUAUGAAUGGAUCCACCACUGAUU